AUGCAAUGCUGCUGACAACUAAUUAUUUUUCAAAUGAAUAAAAUAAAGUAAUUCUGAAGUUUUGCUAUUGGUUAAAACAUUUAAAGACUAAUAGACACCAUGAUACAUGUCUGGUUGCUUGCUAUAUGAAUCGUUUUAACGAAAUCAAUUGUUUAUGUAUGCACUCAAUGACAUGUUUCUUGUUUGUUAUAUAUGAAUCGUGAAUUUUUGUGUAUCCAAGUAAUAACAUCCUAUACAAGUGUGUAUCUCUAACAUCUUUAAAUAGAAUGUAAAAGCAUAUCGUCACCUUAGUGCAGUAACGGAUUAACUCCCUAUACAAUUCAAUAAGUGAUAAUCCGUUAUUGCACUUUGGUGAUGAAUUUCAUUAGAAUGAUAUUACUUUAUAAUAUAUUUAACAUUUUCACAUGUACUUUAGAACAAUUGUCAAACAAAAAACGAAUGCAACAUAUUCUUUCUUAUAUUUGUCCAGUUCUUAAGUCCCCUAUAAAAUGAUUACAUGCCUAAAGAUGAAUUAUUUACUUGUAUGUCAUUUUUUAACUAAAUAGCAAAGUUAGGAGCAGUUAAAGUAAUAGACAGAAUGCAAAGGAAGGACCUCCCAAAUACACAACCUAAAGAAAUAAGCAGACUUAAAGAAUGCACCCACAAACUUUAUAAUGCAGCAGCAAGGCAGACAAAAGAGACUCAAGAAGGUCAUAGGCAUUCAAAUGAUGUUAAAUCUGACCAACUAUGCAUGGGUUUUCAAAAACAUGGUGAUUUUAUUGCUACAUCUAUUCAUGAUGAGUUUGUUAAACGAAUAUGCAAAUUGGAGGACACGUUCGAUGAAGAAAAGAAAGAAUACGAGCUUAAGAUCGAAAAUCUGAGUGACCGCAAUAAUAUUUUAGAAAAUCAUGUCAAGGAGUUAGAGAAGAUAUUGAAUACAACUAAUGCUCGAGAUAAACUGGACAUCACUGGAUUUGAAAGACCUGAAACAGGAGAGGUAACGCAUCAGCAAUUACUUACUUCUGACAUGUCAACGCAAACGGAAGAUUGUCCAAAAUGUGCAGAAUUAGACGACCAAAGAUUCAGAUUGGUAGAAAAGAUAGAAAAGUUACAAAUAGACAGGGAUGGAAUAGAAAACCAUGCCAAGCAACUCAAAGCCGACAAUGAUGAUCUCCGAAUUCGGUUAAGUAAAUUGGCAGGAGAUAAGCUUACAGAUAACAAUCCUGUAAUAACAGACCUGAGUGAUAAUAACAGACCUACCAAGCUUGGAGAGUUUUAUAGUGAACUAUAUGACAAUGAAUGGACAGACGCAUAUGAUGCAUUGUUAAAGGCUGGAUACACCGAUGAUGAGACAAUUACGAUCCUUAAUCGCACAUUAAAACACGUGAUGACGUAUUGUGAAGCUAACGCAGACAAACUUGUAAUGGGAUUACCUGAUACCAUUAGCAAGUUGUUUGAAGAAAACGACAGUUCUUUUCUGAAGAUGCAUUCUUUCGGACCAUGUCAAGCAUAUAACGUGUGUGAUAUAUGGUCGCCUAAAGUCAACGUAAAUGAAAAACGAUCGGAGAUCAAAAACCCUAAACAGGUAACCAUAGAAGAAAAUGCAACAGUUGAUAUAAGAGAUACAGUCAAAAGAUUCACAAAGGAGAUAUCAGCCGAAAUUGUUCCACUUGUAAAGAUGGGGUAUCUGAAAGCGACCAAAUGGAAUGAUAAUUGUAUAGAAGAUCUUAAACCUUUCAUUUUAAAAUGUAUUUACCUCUGUUGGAUGAUGACAGUGCAAUCCCCAAGAAUGGUUUUUCACGGACAUCCAACUGAAAGAUCAGAUGUGCCAUUUGAUAAAGGCUUGUAUAAAGAAUAUAUUACAUCCGGGCCAGUGGUAAAAUACGUCGUUUGGCCAGCGCUUCUUUUACAGAAAGAUGGUCCUCUUGUCUGUAAGGGCGUUGCUGAAGGGAUGCAACCUAAAUCAGGAGAAAUUUAUGUAUAACAUUCUAACAUACAAGAACAUUUUAUUUCCAUGUAUAAGGACAUAUUUUAGGUGCUAGGGGUCGUGAGUGAUGUUGUACUUUUUCAUUAUCCCCCCUGUUCAGACUCAAUCGAACUGAGUUUGCAAUUUACAUGUAAUUUUGUUAUGAUUUAUGAUAAAUUAAUAAUUAAUAAUAAUAUUUAUGAUAAUAUUUG